AUGGAAUUUCCAAUCAGUCCUCAUUUUUGGUCUCUAGUUCCAAGACAUGAUUAUUUGAUUUCGCUUAAUGUGUUAUCAAAUAAUCAUGAUGAUAAUUGUCAAAAUCAACUAAAAGAUUUACUUGAUCGAGCAUCACAUCUAUCUUCAAUAUGUAUUGAUUGGCAGACUUUAUCAAAUUAUCUAAUGCAGCUUUUUCAAAGUCGACAUGUAUCCGUAUAUCAAUUGGAAUUAUUAUCCUAUGGUCAAUCCUUGAACAGGGAGCAAUGUACGACGUUAAGUAGUAUUAUACCAAGUAUUGAUUGUGAAGUUUUGAACGUCUUUGUAAUAGAUCGAACAUGCAUACUUGCUCUUGUCAAAACCAUACAGAAUCUUCGAGCAUUGAAUAUUCGAUGUGAAAAUGACAGAUGGAAUGGAUGUUCAAAAUUAAAACGGGCUGAACUCUGUGAAUGUUUGCAAGAACAGCUUUCAUCGACUUUUUUUAGUGGAAAAAUAUCUCGACAGGAUAAUAUCAUUCGAUUUUGGAUUCGUUAA